GAAUGUCUACCUGUCGCGAUAAACAUUGCUUUGGUGGGCGUAAGGAGCAUUCAUUAAUACCUUCCGGUGGCCCAACUUUUUCAUCAAAAGCUCUCUCUCCUUCUGUUAGCGUCGUGACCCUUACCUCUUGCCAUUGCAAGGAUGCGUAUACGUGGUGACUCCCGCGUAACUGAGGACGCCAAAGCCGUCCUCCCCAGUCCUGUGGCCGAAAGCAAAAGUGCCUUCAGUCGCCUGGGCAAAAAGACGUCAAUGGCCCAGAUGCUAGGAAGUGUCCCCAGCUCCCCAGCAUUGCAAACGCCUGUUCUCCCACCUUCCUCAAAUCUGGGAACCCUGGAGAUGCUUCCCAGCUCGAUUCUUCUUAAAAUAGUUCAUGUCUGCUCUCCAGAAUUGGCCAAUGUUCGCAAUAUAUCUCACGGGUAUCGUGAGCUUGUGGAAAGGUACAUUGCCAAGCGAACAAAGCGUUUCCAAGAAUCAAUCGAGGAGGCAGAGUGUUGGGGCCACCGUCCUCCAUCUCUUCCCGACGUCGUUCAUCUGGAUCCUCUAACUCUCGACAACAUAUUGAAUGUUCACUAUGCGGCCAGACUAGCGGGACCGUCUGGAGACAGCAUGGCAGGUGACGCCUCCGAGAGAGGCCCAGUCAGUGAAAUAGAUGCAGAUGAAGAAGUCCAAACAGAGGAUGGGGACUUUCCGCGUAAAGGCCGACCACAGACUGUUCGCACGAUUCGGCGUGAGACAAUGCGAAGAGUCAUAUUUGCGGCUUUUCGGGAAACAUUGGACCGUUAUGAGGAGGGCUGCUGGGCUGCGGUGAAGGUCAUUAGGGACUUUAUAGUUAGGCAUGCAUUACACUAUACUAGUGGAGGACCAAUCAGCGACGCUGGUGUGGCUCCACCGGUAAUUAUACCAGACGAUCAAUCUGAGCGGGAUGUGUCGGACGGUGUAAGCUUGCGGUCGGUCAGAAUCGAACGGGUACCGACCACAUCAAUGCCAGAAUCAGUCACUCCAGCUGUGAAAGAUCUCAACUGGGUUAGAUUGAAUUCUGAACUCUUCCGACUCGCAGCUAUGCACGGCCAUCCUUUCAAUCUCCCACCACUUUGUGACGUUGAAGACCCGCAAACAACCCUCACGCAAGGUUCGGACUUAUCGGUCCGUUGCCACCGCCCGGAGACCCUUGCGGCCUGCCUCGAUGCAGCACGUAUUUACGGUUGCCUAUGGACAACAGUAGAAAAGGGAAUACAAGCUGCUCAGGCAAGCGAUCGUGUGGGGCGUCGUGUGCCAAUGGACGUUAUCCUAGUGCUACUUGACGCAGCUUUCAACGAUCCUCUUGGCCCAUGGGCAUAUUGCUUAAGCAUGCGCACCUGGGGGUUUGAAGGAUGGACCAGAGGGGCUGGUAACGGCGCGCAUGCGGAGGACAAGGUGGGAGCAGCUGCAAGAGAUUUGUUAGUGAAGGCCGAGGAAUGCGCCAAGCUAUACGGCAUUGCAUGGCAUCGGCUGUCUGUCAAGGGGGAGUUUGCGGUGGUGCCCGUGCAUGAGGUGGCAAGAGAGGUCAGAAGUCGAGUGAAAAUCAUGAUGUAGAGGUGCUUAACGUAGCUGAGGGGUCUCAUUAUAUGCACGUAAUCAUUACUCCUAUGCUGACCCAAAUUCGUCCCCCCACUGUCUAUAGCGCUCCCCAAGCGC